UUCCUCGGCAGUGAAGAUCGUCUGCAGCCCCAACAAAGACCUAACAGACGACAGGGUCAUCGGGUCCAGUUGCGACGCUUUGGGCGUGCGCGACAUGCCUCGGGGUCUUAAGGGAGUUCGCGACAAAACCAUGUUGCUGUGGAAGAACACUGGGAAAGCGCUCUUGAGCUGGAAGUUUUACGUGGACGGCCUGUCCUACGCGUUGGAAGUGUACACCAUGUCCACUUACUUCAUGGUGUACGCAGACAUGGCCGUCGACAAGGGAUUGAGUGUAGAAAGCGCCGUUUACCUCCUGCACGCUUACUCUACCGCCGACCUGGCGUUUCGCGUGCUCAGCGGGUGGUUCGUGGACCGCAAGUACCUGCCCAUCGAGUGUUCCAAACUGGCCGGUUUCGUGUUCAGUGUCGCCGGUGCGCAGGCUAUCAGGACUUCGAAGACCCUUGUGCCGCUCAUAUUUUCUUCGCUGCUGUUUGGUUGCGGCACCGGCAUCAACAUAGGCAUCAUCGCGCCCCUGCUGCAGCACGACUUCAAGAGAGAGUCGCUCGCCAUGAUGUUCGGGGGAGUCAUGUUCAUCACGGGACUCAUAAUUCUGACGAGGCCGCCUGUCGUCGGCUACUUCCGCGACACCAUCGGAGACUACGACGGCCUCUUCCACGCGCUCACCGUCGCCAACGCCUUUUUUGGCCUCAUCUGGUUGGCGCGUGCAUUAUGGGCGAGAAGGCAGUCCGCCAAGGAGAAGGCGGCACAGAAGGCUGCGCCGACCUCUCAGCAGGUGGCGCACCUCUCGGACAACACCACCGUUCCCCUCACGGCCACAAGUGAAGCCGCCUGCUGACGAUCACGCGUUCUACUCGGAGACUGACGCUGUGCACGGUGGUGAUCAGUGGAGUGAUCGGCGCAUCGUGAUGAAAUCACUAGUGCGAAGUGACAGCUUCGCUAACCGCUGUCGAUUAGUGCGGGUAGUGAUGACCAUCGAACGCGUUGUUUCGUGACUACCACUUGAUGUAAUCUGGGUAGUCGCUGAGACAGCUGUGAGCCGCCCUUACUUUGUUUAUAGUACACGAUCACCGAUACCGAGGACAUCCGAUAGGCUGGACUACACCGUUUAAGCGAUAAUUGAUACCGGUGGUGUUCGCGCCUGUGACUGGGCCACAAGUCUUUCGCGAAGUGACGCGAUGCCUGGACGAUGAGUUUUGUACGCCUCGUCGGCGUUCAGUCUGCUAUUGUGGCACUUUAGGCAGUGAAACUGAAGACCUGCAAUACUGUCGGCGCGGGACUGGAGAACUUGCUGCACUGGUGUCCAACUGCGUCGAAGUGUUGCUGACGCAUUAUUAGUGAAAUUAAACGUUAUGAUACGACGAAGAUUACGACAACUUUAACUUUUUAGAAAGGCUGUAUAUACGGUAAAGCUUUAGAGUGGCUCCAACUACAAUAAAAAAUAUUUCCUGAUGUUUUGGAACCACAUCGAUUCCUUCUUCAGAAGGAGUGACAAUGUAUAUUUCGAAAUGCUUUUUUUUAAAACAUACUUAACCGUAUUUAAAAUAUAGAUACUCAAAAAUCGUAAUAAACCUUUGCAGCCACAUG